CCACAUAACACAGCCAUCUAUUUGUUGACCACAAAGUACGAAGUGUUGACUGUUCCAGUACCAAGAGACAUUCCUACUUUACCUUCCACUUUACUCCAAGAACUCAACCAUCAGAGCAUCAACAAAACCCAAACCCUAACCUUAAUAGUAGCCAAAUACUCUCAGAUUUUCCGUUGUCAGCGCAUGAAUGAUGCCCACAUUGCGCAUUCCCAGCGGCAUGAUGCUCUUUAAUGUUCCUAUCUACCUUCUUCUUCUCUUGACUUUGCUCCCGGUCUCCAUUUUCUCCUUCUCAAUUGGUCUGAGUUCCCACUUUGAUCCCAAUCUUGGCCUUAUUGGCGAUGCUAAAAUCACUAAAGAUGGCUCCUUUGUGCAACUAACCGACUCAUCAAAGUCUUCUCUGAGUUCCGGAUUCGUCUUCCAGAGAAUACCCUUCAAGUUUCUUGACUCCAAUUCGUUUUCCACUGACUUCUCAUUCUCUAUCUCACCCCACAAUGGUGAUGGUCUUUCGUUCGUUAUUGUUCCUACUGAUUUCCCCUCCAAGUUUUCCAAGAAAAUGUUCGGGCUUUCUAAUGAAAGGCGGUUUUUUGGGGUUGAGUUUGAUACUUUGUUGAACGAAAAUGUGGGGGAUAAAAGUGCCAAUCAUGUGGGUGUGAAUGUGGGCAGUCUUGUUUCUGCAAAAUCAACCAACGUUUCGUUCAUCAACUUGGUGUUGAAUAGUGGCAAAAAGCUGCAUUCUUGGGUCGAUUAUGAAUGCACUUCGAAAAGGCUAGAGGUAAGACUAAGUGAAUUUGGUAUUCCUAGGCCGUACGAUCCCUUGUUAGUGUAUCAGGUUGAUUUGGGUAAUAUGUGGAAAGGCGAAGAAGUAUUGGUGGGAUUAAGUUCUUCUACUGGAAGUUCAUUCCAAGUUACUAGUGUCUAUUCAUGGAAGUUCAGAGUUCGAAGUGUUCCAAAGUGGCUGCAUUCACAACCUGCGGAUCCACGCAAAAAUGCGAACGAACAAAGUCUGGAAAAGAUUGCAGACAAAAAAAGGUUUCAUCUUUUGGCGUUUCUCUCUGGGUUUAUUUUUGCGACAGGGUGUAUAGCAUUGGCUGCCUUUAUUGGAUUGUUUUUGUGGGUGAUAGUUGGCAAUAAUUCGGAGGUAGUGAUCCCAGCAAAGAGCUCAGUGCAUCCUGGAGAUUUCAGGUAUGAAAAGGUCAAUGUGGUUGUAGAGGAUGGUUCAGGCCAUGUUAAAAAUAAAAACUGAAUAAUAUAUCUAGUAGUGUAUGUUUUUUGUAUAAUGCACUUUCUGUUGUUCGUAAUCUAUUAACCUAUGCGGAAGGCUGAACCAUGUAUUUACCCUUCUCAAUGAGGAAUGGGUGCCUUGUAUGUAACUUUGUAUGGUAAUUUUGUUGACCUUUUUAUCUUUUCGUACCUGAAAUUUGUUACUUUUCAGAGGUAGC